ACAACGUGAACGACCAGUGUGGCAAGCGCUGCCAACUAACUUGCCGCGCUCGGCUCGCUUACUCGACUCGUCUUAACCAAACAAACCAAUACUCCUUCGUGAAAUCCUUGUUUUAGUUUAAAAUGAAGUUACAAGUGCUGUGUUUUGCUUUGCUAUGGAAUUACGCACAUUCGUCCUGUCGAACGCCACUAGGAGAUGAAAGCGAAUGCGUGUCGCUUUACAAUUGCCAGCCACUGUUGUCAGCCUUUGAACAGCGCCCUCUGCCCGGGAAUGUGGUCAGCUAUCUGAGGCAGUCUUCCUGUGGGUUCGAUGGAUAUGUACCCAAGGUGUGCUGCGGGCCUUUACCCUCCCAACAUCAGCAGCCGGCUCAACCUACACAAAGACCAAGACCGACGCGCCCUCCCAGCACCAACGACCAGGUAGCACCAGUGGAGGACGAGGACGCCUCCCCCUCCCCCAGCGGCGAGUGCGGCAUCGACACCAAUGGCGACCGCAUCUAUGGCGGCCAGUUUACCGACCUGGAUGAGUUUCCGUGGAUGGCUCUGUUGGGGUAUAGAACACCCAACAGGACGAUAACAUACCAAUGCGGCGGAGUGUUGAUCAACCACCGCUACGUGUUGACCGCGGCCCACUGCGUCACUGGCGCCAUCAACCGCGAAGUAGGCACGCUGACCACCGUCCGUCUCGGCGAGUACGACACGCAAAGCGACGUGGACUGCGUGGACGACGCGUGCGCAGACCCGCCGCAGGAGCUGCCGGUGCAGGCCGGCCUGCCGCACCCUGGCUAUCAUGACAAGAACAAGAACAGGGCGGAUGACAUCGCUCUAGUGCGGCUGGCUCAGCGGGCUAAAUACACUUACUACGUGCAACCCAUCUGCCUGCCGGACGGGCGGGCGCGGCUGGCCGUCGGCAACGACGUUUACGUCGCCGGCUGGGGAAAAACCUUGAGCGGACGCAACAGCCCAAUCAAGUUGAAACUGAAGAUCCCUAUCUUCGAAAAGGACAAUUGCGUUCAAAAGUACCGCACACUAGGCGCCGAGCUCGGAGACAAGCAGAUUUGCGCUGGAGGAGUGUUUUCCGAAGACGCGUGCAGAGGUGACUCGGGUGGUCCCCUUAUGCGAGCCAAGAGCAAGGGAGUGUACGAGUCAGUUGCUGUAGUGUCCUUUGGCUACGGCUGCGGCAGAGACGGGUGGCCUGGAGUCUACACGAAUGUAGCUAGUUACAUAGACUGGAUUCGUUCAACGAUGCGAGAGAAUAAUGUUUAGAAUCUUACAUCAUUAUUUUAAUCAUUAUGUAGGUUGUUUUCUUAAACUCAGCAUGGAACUAAGUAUACGUAUACCUACGUACCUAAUUGAAUGUACGAACUAUGUUCGUUCAACUGUGAAUGACAAUAUGUUUACGCAUUAAUUAAUCUCAAAUUUGUGAUAAUUUAAGCAAGUAUGUAGUGAGUCCUAAACAAUUUAACUAUUUAGGAAUGAAUUGUAAUUUGGUGGUUAAAAAUUGAAUUGAAUUGUUUGGGUCAUGUAUCGUACAAAUGUACCUACUUUUAUAGUUAUGAAUUAAAUUGCACGCAACAGCUAAGUGCGAUUAACUACAACAAUACUCGUGGAAUCAUUUAUGAAUGGAAAAUAAAUACGUCAGAAUUAUGUAGUAAGCUGUAAUCAGAUUAAAUAAUAACCAUUAAAAUUAUCGUUAAAGAUAUCGUCAAUUAGCAGGACCUUGAAUUAGAGUCCAAUGUCAUGACAAGUGUAAAAUAAAUACACAAAUAGUUAUUGUGACAUCAGCAUUAUCAGCAAUCGCUAAAACGAUUAUAAGCUCUUGUUUUUAAUCGUAUAAGUAAAAUAGUGUAUGCUAUAAUAAAUUUAUACCGAUACAG